AUGGCUACAGCCAAAAUCACCCUCACGCCACGGGAAAGCCAACUUCGGGAUCUCUUGCUAGACGUGGCGCGCUUCAUCGACGAGUCGAAAGAGAUCAAGGAAAAGAUUGAGCUUCGUUGGGCUGGUGGUUGGGUUCGAGACAAGCUCUUGGACAUUCCCAGUCAUGAUAUUGACACGGCAAUUAAUUCAAUGACGGGGUUUACUUUCAGCUCCAAGAUGCAGGACUAUCUCAAGAAUGAAGAUAACAUGAAGAAACACUCCCUGAAAGACAUCGACUUGGGCGGCCUUCACAAGAUUCUAGCAAACCCUGAAAAGUCAAAACAUUUGGAGACAGCCACGACGAGGAUUUUGGGCUUCGAUGUGGAUUUUGUCAAUCUCAGAAAAGAAACAUAUUCCGCCGACAGCCGGAAUCCUCAAAUGGAAUUCGGAACUGCCGAGGAAGAUGCAUUGAGGCGAGACGCUACCAUCAAUGCGCUUUUCUACAAUCUUCACACUGAUCAAGUCGAAGACUUUUCAACUGGCUUAGAAGAUCUCUCUGCUCAUCGAAUUCGAACCCCCCUGGACCCCAAGACAACAUUCAUGGAUGAUCCUUUGCGGGUUUUAAGGCUAGUUAGGUUUGCUAGUCGUUUGACCUUCAGUAUCGAUCCAGAAUCCGAGGCAUACAUGAGUGACCCGGCUGUCAAAGAUGCUCUCAAGCUCAAGAUCAGCAGAGAAAGGGUUGGUGUUGAGGUAGAGAAGAUGUUACAGGUAGGAAAGAACCCACGGAGUGCUCUGCAGCUCAUCGACAAGUUAGAUCUUUAUUCAACAAUAUUCAUAGACCCAACGAUUCAUCUAAGUCCGGCGCCAAGCACCGAAACCUGGAGCGUUGUGUAUGACUGCCUUGCGGCACUUGAAUCUAAUGAGACACCAAAAUCUAUCUACCACUCCCUCGUUAGAUCCCAGGAUGCCAGAUAUUUAGGAUGGAUUCUUGCUGCUUUAGCCCCGUGGGCGACUGCCCCUGAUCCCGUUCCGGUCAAAAAAGGCAAGCUACCUUUACCUCUUGGAAGCAUGGUUGCACGAGAAGGUAUUAAGGCCAACAACAAGAUCUGCAAUGUUGUUACUGGGUCUCUCAGGAAUCACGAGCAAAUUACCAGGUUGAAAGGUGACAUCGGCCGCAAUGAGUCUUACGUCAAUGAGCGAGACACGGUUGGAAUGAUGAUCCGAGGAUGGGACGGACAAGGUGGACACUGGCGAGUACAAGCUCUGUUCGCAAUUUUGGUUGAGGCCAUGAAGAGAGAUGACCCAAAAGCAUACGAACAGCUUUUCAGUGAGUGGCAAACCUUUGUUGAUCAUCUUGAAGCUAUGGAGAUCAUGGAUGUCGCUUCCGAGAAAUGUAUCAUUGAUGGGGGAAAGCUUUCUAAGGCACUUGGUGGCGUUAAACCUGGUAUAUGGAUGAGACCAGCAUUAGAAGUGGUAAUUGCGUGGCAGCUUCGAAAUCCUGGUGUUAGGGAUCCUUCAGGAGCUAUUGAGGAAGUUAAGAAAAGGAGUGAGGAGUUACAGAUACCCAAGUCCUGA